AUGAAGACUGAGGAAAGCAAGAGCGGCUCUUCCGAGGUCAAGUAUAAUUGGUUUCAAAAGUAUACAAUAAUAUUUAUCAGUUCAUUAUGCUCAGUCGUAUACGCAACUAUACUAUGUACUGGUGCAAUAAUCCAUAGUUGGUAUCAAGGAAUCAAAGGCGAGAACAAUUUGAAACCACCUGAUAUUGAAGUUAGAAGUCAUGGAUAUGUACCGAGACAAGCGUUCCAAGACAUGAAAUCACUCAAGGCGUCUCGCGAUUUGCAGUAUUAUCUUCAGGUAUUAGGUUUAGAUUUAGAAGAAUAUGACGUUACGACUUCAGAUGGGUACAUUUUAGUCUUGCACCAUAUAAUAGACCCAAAGGAAACAAAGGAGCAAAGAGAUUUGAGAAAACCAGUGUUUAUGCAACAUGGACUUCUAUCGUGUUCAGGUAACUUUAUUGCCAGUGGACAAAAUUCAUUGGCGUAUUACUUUCACGAACAAGGAAAAGACGUCUGGAUGGGAAACAACCGUUCAUGGUUUAGAGCACGCCAUGCUACGAUAAAGGGUAACUUGUACAAUAGCGAAUUGUAUUGGAAAUGGGGAAUGAAGGAGUUGGCGUAUCAAGAUUUACCGGCUAUGAUUGAAACAGUGAUGAGCAUGAAACCAAAACAUGACAAGCUUACUUUAUUCGGGCAUCUGCAAGGUGGUCUCCAAAGCUUCCUUAUGUUGCUGAACCCGAACUUUUCGUUUAUUCAUGAAAAAAUUGAUUUAUUUGUACCAUUAGCACCUGCAAUCUAUCCGGGACAAUUGUUUUAUACACGAUCAUUCAUCAAAAUACUCGUCAAGCUACCCAAAUCAUUGUGGACGAUGAUAUUCGGGUUUUGUGCCAUGCUUCGAAACUUGUGUCUUGUUCGUGACACGAUUGCUCAAACAUGGUUGUUUGGUAAACUAUCCUACUACAUGUUUAAAUUUUUAUUCGGAUGGACUGGACGAAACUGGGGUAGCGACAAAUUGGUGUGGCACAUCCUUUUUAUUUUUAAUAUGAGCUAUGUCUCGGUUCAAUUGAUGCAGUAUUAUUUGGCCAAUUUUGCGCCCGGUGGCUUUGUCGAAAUGUUGCAACCAAAAGAAACGUACUUUAACGGUGAUCACUAUUCUGUUAAUACGUACAAAUCAAAUGAUGCAAAAAUGGCUUUUCCGUAUCACAUUUCCUGGUUUGGGCAAACCUGCAAAGUACCUAUUUUAAUCUUUACAGGUGACGAUGAUUAUCUUGUUGACGGAAAACGAUUGGUGUCACAUAUGCAACAUUACGAGCCAGGGUACAUUGAAGGUCAGAAUUUCAAGCACUUCAAUAUACCCACCUAUAACCAUUUGGACAUUUGUUGGGCUGAGGACGUUAUUGGAACAGUUGGUUACGAGGUUUGCAAAGAAUGGGAACAAUUGGAAGGAAGAGGAGAGGAAGGAGUUAAUGAAAAACGCGUAAGUAGUGAGACACCUGACAUGUGA